AUGAGCUUUGCAGGGAUAACGAGAGAGAGUCCUUUGUCAAUAGGACAAACUCUCAGCUCCUCUGAUGAAGUUUAUGAGCUGGGUUUCUUCAGUCCUAACAACUCCCAGAAUCAGUAUGUGGGAAUCUGGUUCAAGGGUUUCAUUCCCCGGGUGGUCGUGUGGGUGGCCAAUAGAGAAAAGCCUGUUACGGACUCCACGGCACAUCUAACUAUCAGCACCAAUGGAAGUCUUCUCUUGUUGGAUGGAAAAGAUGGUCUUGUGUGGUCCACCAGAGACACUUCUGCAUCUAACGGGUCUCGUGCAGAUCUUUCAGACAGCGGUAAUCUCAUUGUCACAGACAAUGUUUCGGGAAAAACGCUAUGGGAAAGCUUUGAGCAUCUUGGUGAUACUCUGCUACCUUUCUCACCCCUCACCAGUGAGAAGCGAGUGUUGACUUCUUGGAAAAGCUCCACUGAUCCAUCGCCUGGUGACUUUGUGGCUCGGAUUACACCGCAAGUGCCAUCACAGCUGGUUACUAUGAGAGGCUCCAAGCCUUAUAAAAGAACAGGUCCAUGGGCUAAAACGAGGUUCGCCGGGGUACCGCAAAUGGAUGAAACAUUAGCAAGUCCGUUUAGCUUUCAGCAGGAUGCAAACGGGGUAGGGUCUUUCUCUUAUGUAGACAGAAGCUCAAAACUUUCACGUCUAGUUUUAACAUCAGAGGGUACACUGAAGAGGUUUCGGCAUAAUGGGACCGAAUGGGAACUAGCCUAUGAAGACUCAGUAACCAAUUCAUGUCUUUACGGUGUAUGUGGACCUUUUGGGUUGUGCAUUAUGUCAGCGUCUACAAAGUGUAAAUGCUUGGAAGGGUUCGUACCUAAAUCCGCUGAAGAAUGGAAAAGAGGGAACUGGACUGAUGGUUGUGUGAGACGCACCGAACUACAUUGUCAAGGAAACUCUACUGGCAAAGAUGUAAACAUCUUCCAUCAUGUUGCCAACAUAAAGCCUCCAGACUUUUACGAAUUUGCAACUUCUUUGAAUGCUGAAGAAUGCUACCAAAGUUGCCUCCACAACUGUUCUUGCUUGGCCUUUGCUUUUAUUAAUGGGAUAGGGUGCUUGGUGUGGAACCAGGAGCUAAUAGACGUAGUGCAAUUCUCUGCGGGAGGAGAGCUUCUCUCCAUUCGUCUUGCACGCUCUGAACUAGGUGGAAAUAAUCGCAAGAAGACCAUUGCUGCUACUGUUGUGAGCCUUUCCCUUUUUGUGAUAUUGGGUUCUGCUGCAUUUUGUUUCUGUAGCUACCAAGUGAAACAGAACGAUUCAAGAAGAAGGAUUGAGAUUGAUUGGCCAAAGAGAUUUGAUAUCAUCCAAGGUAUUGCGCGUGGACUUCUCUAUCUCCACCGUGACUCACGCCUCAAGGUCAUUCACCGAGAUCUCAAGGUUAGUAAUAUUCUUCUGGAUGAGAAGAUGAACCCAAAAAUAUCAGACUUUGGAUUGGCUCGGAUGUACCAGGGAACCGAGUAUCAGGACAACACUCGCAGGGCGUGGGAAUCUUGGUGUGAAAAUGGAGGAGUUGAUCUUUUGGAUAAAGAUGUUGCUGAUUCAUGUUGCCCAUUAGAAGUUGGGAGAUGUGUUCAGAUUGGUCUGCUCUGUGUUCAACACCAACCUGCAGACAGACCCAACACACUUGAGUUGCUGUCUAUGCUCACCACAACAUCAGAUCUUCCAUCACCAAAACAACCCACAUUUGUUGUACACACGAGAGAUGAAGAAUGCUUGUCUAAGGGUUUCAUCACCGUCAAUGAGAUGACUGAGUCUGAGAUCCUUGGGCGUUAA